CUAGGGUACCGUACGUACAUGUUUGAGACAGUGGUCUGCAGCCAAGCAAGCGCUCUGCUUUUCAUUCUUCUUUGUAUUCUACAGCAAGGGAGGUUCGCAGGGAGCUGCUGUUGAACUCGGUGGAAGCCAUUGCAAAGCUUAAAGACGAUUGUAGUCCAGCUUUUCAAGGGUUUCCGGCGUGUCCACCAUGGCGCUGUAUCCGGAGAGUGGUUACUCUUCAGGCCUGAAGCUGCCGGCCGGGGUGCGCAUUCGCGGCUCCAUCAAGCCUGGCUAUGAAACAGUUCUGACGCAUGAGGCUGUGGCUUUUGUUGCGGACCUUGUUCGCACCUUCCGGCCAAUUGUGCACUCCAACCUGGCUCUAAGGGCUUUGGACCAGGCCAAGUACGAUGCAGGGGGCCACCCAGGGUUUGACUUCCGGACUAAGGCCAUCAGAGAGGAGGAUUGGACAUGCGCUCCCAUGCCUGCGGCUAUCCAGGACCGACGGGUGGAAAUCACUGGGCCCGUGGACAGGAAGAUGGUCAUCAACGCGCUGAACUCUGGGGCUAAAGUCUUUAUGGCCGACUUUGAGGACUCUCUAGCACCGACCUGGAGCAACUUGGUGGAGGGCCACAUCAACCUCAGGGACGCCGUGAAUGGCAACAUCCGCUAUGAGGACCCGCGCACCAAGAAGGUUUACUCCGUCACAAACCCCAACCCCGCCAAAAUCUUUGUGCGGCCCCGCGGAUGGCACCUGCCGGAGGCGCAUUUCGAGGUUGAUGGACAGGCGAUCCCCGGGUGCCUGAUGGACUUUGGGCUGUACUUCUUCCACAACCAAGCGGCCUUCCGGUCGAAGCAUGGAGGCGCCGGGCCCUUCUUCUACCUCCCCAAGAUGCAGCACAGCCGUGAGGCUGCUGUUUGGAACGCAGUGUUUGAGCGCGCUCAGGACGCCUUGGGAGUGCCACGUGGCAGCAUCAAGGCCACCGUCUUGAUUGAGACCCUGCCGGCCGUCUUCCAGAUGCACGAGAUCCUCUAUGAGCUACGCCAACACUCUGCUGGUCUCAACUGCGGCCGCUGGGACUACAUCUUCAGCUUCAUCAAGACCUUCCGCAACCACCCCGAGCUGGUGAUCCCUGACAGGACGCAGGUCGGCAUGACGCAGCACUUCCUGAGCAGCUAUGCGCAGCUCCUGAUCCAGACGUGCCACCGGCGGGGCGUGCACGCAAUGGGAGGCAUGGCGGCCCAGAUCCCCGUGAAGAACGACCCCCAGGCGAACGAGGCUGCCUCCGCCAAGGUGCGCACGGACAAGCUGCGCGAGGUUCUUGCCGGGCACGACGGCACGUGGGCCGCGCACCCCGGGCUCAUUCCCCUGGUGUACCAAGUCUUUGACGCGCACAUGCCGACGCCCAACCAGCUGCACCGCCUGCGCGACGACGUCCAGGUGUCAGAAGCUGAUUUGCUGGCGAUGCCCGUGGGGAGCCGCACGCUGGAGGGGCUCAGGCUGAAUUUGAGCGUCGGAGUGCAGUACACCGCGGCGUGGUUGACGGGCACGGGUUCCGUUCCGCUGCACAACUUGAUGGAGGACGCGGCGACUGCGGAGAUCAGCAGAGUGCAAGUCUGGCAGUGGCUGCGCCACGGAGCCAUCCUGGACGGGGAGCAGGCCCCGGUGCGCGUGACCCGGGACCUCGUCGAGCGCAUCCUGCGCGAGGAGGUGGCCAUCGUGGAGCGCGAGCUUGGACCUCAGCGCUUUGCGGCGGGCCGCUACCAAGAGGCAGCUCAGCUCUUCGGGCAGCAGUGCACCGCCAAGGAGUUGGACGAUUUCCUGACCCUGGAGGCUUACAAGAGAAUCACCGAAGUGCGCCCCAACUCCAGGCUCUGAGUCCAACGGGUUAAGAUGGUUUAGAUGUAGCAGAGGCUUUUAGUUUGAUAUGGACGCAAGUCAGCAUUUAUGCCGACGGAUAUAUGAGAGCACUCAAGCAUACAUAGAUACAGCCGCAAUACAAAGAUACUUCACUAGCGACUUAUAGCGUUUAACGAGCAGACAGGUUUCAACUAUGCGUACUCUUGGAUCAUGACGAAAGGCAAUAUGUGUUUUUGCUAGACGGGAAAAAUGUCGUUACAUCGGUCAUGCAAUCAUUUUAGUGACAAUUAUCACUGAACAGCCAAGAUCAAAGCCGCCUGCAUGACAAGUGGGGCAACCUGACUACUGUAUACAUGUGCUGAAAGACACCAAUAGACCGACGUUUUUCUCGUCGGACGUUUGAUCAUUUUUGCUUCAUUUGGGCUAAGCCGAUGGAAA